ACGAUCUAUUAAAUGUAGGCAAGAUUUGCUAAAAUACGCUAUUGUUGAGUUUUCAGUAAUAGCUUUUGGAUUUUUACCUCACGUCUAAGUGUCUUCAUUAGCAGAGUUUUCUCCUUAAAAGGUAACUUGAGGCCGGUGUGUACAGGUGAGUGCAUUCGAGACAUUUUUCCCGUCUGACUCGUUGGCCCAGAGAUGAGAAACCGCUCGGCGCGUUGGUUUGUGACGUCACAUUCUGGCGUUUCGAUGCACCUGCUGCACCUCCUGGAGCGCAGCAGGACUGACGGUUUGGUGGUUGGGACAACAGCGCCAUGGGAGGUGUCUACUCCAGUGAGAAGAUGGCAGGAGUUUUCGCCUACGAGAGCUCAGAGAUCGACUGGUGUGAAGACAACUACAAACACUCCGAACAUGUAGUGGAGUACUUCAACACUAUGAGCAGCUUGUUUUUCUUCGUUAUAUCUCCCAUCAUGCUCUACCUUCUGCACCCUUACGCUAAAGAGAGGAACUUGGCGAUUCACAUGGUCUGGAGCUUGAUGCUAUUUGUUGGACUCUUCUCUGCAUACUUCCACAUGACACUUAGUUUCUUCGGCCAGAUGUUGGAUGAGCUGUCCAUCCUGUGGGUGUUGGCGGUGGGAUACGCUCUCUGGUUCCCCCGCAGACUCUACCCUUCUUUUAUAAAGGACAGGUCCACCUUCUCAUGCCUCGUCCUGUUGGUCACUGUCAUCUCCACUUUGUCAUCGUUUUACAAACCUGCAGCCAAUGCCUACGUUUUGAACUGCUUCGGUCUCCAUUUGGUUUUCGUUGUGGUUGUCGAGAUGAGAAGCUGCACCGACCCAAAGGCCGUGCGACUGGCCAAGCUGUCGGUGGCUCUGUGGGUGCUCGCCAUCUCCUGCUGGAUCAGUGACCGCUUUGGCUGUAGCUUCUGGCAGAGGCUGAACUUCUGCUACCUGCACGGUAUCUGGCAUAUUCUGAUUGUGAUAGCCGUGGCAUAUGCCAGCACCUUGAUUGCUUACCUGGAUGCAAACUACGAGAUACCGUACUCUCUGCCUGGACUGCAGUACUGGCCAUGUGAUAAAUGGGCUGUUGGAUUACCUCACAUUGUCCUGAGGGGCACAACCAAAACACAGAAACGCUGCUAACGAGCUUGAGUAAUUGUGACGUUGGCAGAAAAUGUAUAUUAGAACAUUUCAUUAUUACAAAUGUGUAUGAAUGGGAAGCCCUUAAAAUGAUUUACACUAGAGAGCUUUAUUCAGAACUUGAUCUGUAACUUAAAAGAAUUACCUUUCCGACAACAAACUGAGAUCACAGGAAUGUGACUGACUGGAAAACUUCCAAAUGUAUAUUUUCUUUCUUUUACACCACAGAUUAACUCAAGACCACAUCUGCUGAAUCUAAAUUACAAAAUGUAAGAAAAAUAAAUCCUGUUGCCACAGAAUCGGAGGGCAGCUGGUGUUUAGAGUUUCUGUGUGUAUAAUGACGCGUGUACUCGUUUAGACAUUUUAACACAAUGUCUCUCAAACAAUAAGAACUUGCAACAUGAGUGGUUUCAUAAAGUGUUCAUCGGCAUCCUGAAUGUAUUCCUCAAGAGUUUUUGAUGGUUAAGCAUGUGUAUUUUUAUUCAUUUAAAUCAACUGCUGUUAUCUAUUUUCAAGCCAGAAAGGCAAAUAAAAUGAUGUGCAUUGCGAUACAUUUGAAUGCACUAAUGCUUUUCUAAGAAACCCUAUCUACUAUAAUACUUUAUUACAUACAGUUUACUUGAGUGAAGCUUUACAGCGACAUUUUGUUUACAUAGAGGUACCUCAACAUGUUAUUGUUUCACAUGCAUACUUUCAAUUAUGUACAAACACAAGCAAAUUAAAAUGCGAUUAAAAGUAAUGGGUUUUCUGA